CCUCCGCCCCGCCUAUCCAACACCUGGAAAGCCGCAGGAGGAAAAAAUGCGAGUGGGGAGGCGGGGCUGCCUUCUUGGCCCGCCUCCCCACUUCUGCGAUUGGCUGUGAGGCCUUGGGUUUUCCCCCCACAGGCCUGCGCCUGCGCGAGGCACAGGACUUCGUUCGAGUCACGCCUGAUGGUGGGAGGUGGUAACCCUGCGUUCUCUUCCGCGGGCGGGAGAGUUAGAUAGCCACUCAAGAAAACACCAUGAAAGAUACUGACAUCAAGAGACUACUGUAUGUCCACCUAUUAUGCAUAUUUUCAAUUAUCCUAAGCAUCUUCAUUCCAUCAUUCUUCUUGGAGAACUUCUCAGUACUGGGAACACACUUGACAUGGUUGUGCAUCUGUUCUGUUUCUGUAACUGCCGUCAAUUUAGUAUCGUAUUUAGUAGUGAAACCAAAUGCAUCUUCUAAAAGAAGUUCAUUAUCAUACAAGGUAACCAGAUUUUUGAAAUGCUGUAUCUACUUUCUUAUGUCUUGUUUCUCCUUUCAUGUAAUUUUUGUUCUAUAUGGAGCACCACUAAUAGAGUUGGCGUUGGAAACAUUUUUACUCGCAGUUACUUUGUCCACUUUUACUACUGUACCUUGUUUAUGUUUGUUAGGACCAAAUCUCAAAGCAUGGCUAAGAGUUUUCAGUAGAAAUGGGGUUACAUCCAUUUGGGAGAAUAGUCUCCAGAUCACUACAGUUUCUAGUUUUGUAGGAACAUGGCUUGGAGCCUUUCCUAUUCCACUCGAUUGGGGAAGACCAUGGCAGGAAUGGCCCAUCUCCUGCACGCUUGGAGCAACCUUUGGCUACGUGGCUGGCCUUGUUACUUCACCACUCUGGAUAUACUGGAAUAGAAAGAAACUUACAUACAAGAACAAUUAAUUGGAGCAACGGGAGAAGAUAUUUCUUUGUGCAGAUUCCAUAAAGACUGUGCAGACAUGUAUAUGGUCUAAGCCAGGCAGUUCCACUUAACAGCACUGUUUUUUAUGUAGUUACAACAUGAUGUGAUUGUAGCUUUUUAAACUAUGAAACCCCUGAGAGAUUGUACCUUCUAGUUGAAAUAAAGUAUUUAUAAUAGA